AUGGCUACAACAGACGCCCCCCCGUCAUAUGCCGAUGCGCAAGCGCAACCCGUCACAGAAACGACCACAAACCCAAACACAAUAGAAAAAGACCUCGGUCUGCCUCUCUCCGCAGCUGAAGGACUAAUCAAGAAACCAUUCGGGCGGCCAGCAGAAGGCGUCAAAAUCCCCUCGGCCGCCGACCUAACCGCCGAUCAAACCAAAAAAUACGAUGAAGUACUCAAAAUGGUGACGGCAUUUACAGCAGUUCCCACAAGCCUCGCCAAAAACGCAAGCGAAUCGCCCCUCACCGAUGACGAGCGCAUGUGGCUCACGCGCGAAUGUCUCCUACGAUUUCUACGAGCUACGAAAUGGAAUGUUGCGGACGCCAUAAAGCGCAUUCGCGCAACACUGGCCUGGCGCAGGGAUUAUAUCGGCGAUAAAUUGACAGCAGAUUAUAUCUCAAUUGAGAACGAAACAGGCAAACAAAUACUCAUAGGCUUUGACGUGGACGGUCGACCGUGUCUAUAUUUGCUGCCUUCACGACAAAAUACAGAAAAGAGUCCGCGACAAGUGGAGCACUUGGUCUUUAUGCUGGAGCGGGUUAUCGAUUUGAUGCCUGCUGGUCAGGAGAAUCUGGCGCUGGUGGUGAACUUCAAUGAGACAAAGUCUGGACAGAAUGCAACGAUAGGGCAGGCGAAGCAGACGUUGGAUAUCUUACAGAAUCAUUACCCGGAGAGGCUGGGUCGGGCUCUUGUUAUCAAUGUACCCUGGAUCAUCUGGGGCUUCUUCAAAAUAAUCACCCCCUUCAUCGAUCCCGUCACCGUGCAAAAACUCAAAUUCAACGAAGAUCUACGCAAACACGUCCCGCCCUCACAAUUGCUCAAGUCCUGCGGCGGAGAUGUUGAGUUUGAAUACGAACAUGCCAUCUACUGGCCCACGCUGAACAAACUCGCGGAUCAGCGUCGGGAGAAGAUUCGUGAACGCUGGGUCUGGGCUGGUCAACAUAUCGGGGAGUCGGAAUUUUAUCUUCGCGGUGGCACGGAACAGAGCCAAUAUGCGGCAUGA